AUGGUGCCGCGGUGGCUGUGCCCCCGCUCCCGGCUGUCGCUUGGGGUAGCCCUGUGUGUCUUUGUCCUCUGUUGGCUCUACGUCUACCCGGUCUACAGGAUUCCUAAUGAGAAGGAGAUCGUCAGCGAGAUCUUACAGCAGGCGAAGUGGAGGAGAAACCAGACAGCCGUCGCUGAUUUCAGGCAACUACUGCAGCAAUGCUGUGAUACACAGAGGCUUUUUGCAGUAACCAAGUUGAACUCUCCAAUGGGAAAGAGCCUUUGGUUUGAUGGAGAGUUCCUCUAUUCGCUCGCUAUCAACAAGGAAAUCUUCUCCAUGUUUCCUCAGGAUACACCGUUCCAGCUGCCAUUGAAGAAGUGUUCAGUGGUUGGAAAUGGCGGAAUUUUGAAGAAGAGUAAUUGUGGCAGCUUAAUCGACAAGGCGGACUUUGUCAUGCGCUGCAACCUCCCCCCUCUCUCCAGUGAAUACACCAGUGAUGCUGGCUACAGAACACACCUGGUGACUGCAAAUCCAAGCAUCAUUGAGAAAAGAUUUCAAAACCUGCUGUGGUCUCGGAAGUCCUUUGUUGAGAGCAUGAAGGUGUAUGGCCGGAGCUACAUUUACAUGCCAGCCUUUUCCAUGAAGACUGGCACAGAUCCAUCCUUCCGAACGUACUACACUCUGUCUGACUUCAGUGCCAACCAAACCAUACUCUUCGCCAACCCGGACUUCCUGCGCAAUGUGGAGAAGUUCUGGAAGAGCAAAGGGAUCCAUGCCAAGCGUCUCUCCACAGGUCUGUUCCUGGUCAGUGUAGCCAUGGGCCUCUGUGAAGACGUGACCCUUUAUGGAUUUUGGCCAUUUUCAAUAGAUCUGCAUGGUAACAUGAUUAGCCACCACUAUUAUGACAAUGUGAUGCCAUACUCGGGCUACCACGCCAUGCCAGAAGAGUUUCUCCAACUUUGGCUUUUGCAUAAGAGUGGCAUUUUAAAGAUGCAAAUUGGUAAAUGUGCAAAUGGCCCUGAAUAA